CUUCCGGUAUCUAAAAAUGGCAGCCUGGUGCCGCAAAAUACGAUGUGUUUUCAUGCGUUUUGUUUGUGAAUCUUUGUUAUGAAACGACUGCUGCAAUAAGAAACGAAGUGGUUUGAACGAGGCUCUAAAAAUUGUCAUCAUGAGCAGCAAACGAAAAAGGGUCCCUCCUGUGAGGGUGGAUGAAGAAGCCAAGAGGAGGCUGGAGUGGAACAUGAUGGAGAAUCGUAAGAACGAGGUGAUCCAAGAAGAUGAACUGACUCCAGAUGCCCGUUCAGUACCUCCAACUGAUACCACGCCGAGCAGCUCUUUCUUCUCCAUCACAGAAGAUGUGAAUGAGGCCGCCUGCUCCCGCUCUGUGCAGUUUUCAGACGAACUUCCCAGCACAUCCUCGGCUUGUGCCUCUGCCUCCCUCUCACUCUCUGUGUUACCGGCUUCGAACCUGGCCCACAUCUGGAAGGCUCUCAUUGGAGAGUUCAACCUUUGGGCAGCUUGGCUUCCAUCGGACUAUGAGCAGAGAGUGUUUGUUCUCUACAGGAAGGGUGAGCAGCUCCACAUCAGUUACAGCAGCUGUGAUGAGAGCUCCGAACACGAGUGGAGGCCUGAUAUCAGCGGCUCUGCAGCAGAGUGCAGUCUCUGCAGGAUCCCACUGGAAGACCUGGACUGGCUGCAGAAGAGAAUGGUAGUGCAGCUUUGCCACCAGACAAAAGAGCAUGAAGUCAAGGUGGGAGUUUAUCUGCUUGAAUCAGGACUCGGAAAGCCGGAGUUUCUCAGUGGGGGAAACGCUCGUCUGAAAAAAUCAAGCCACCUGAUUCAGAAAUUAAUGGAAUAUUUUUAUGAUUUCAUCAUUCCUGAAGUCGUAGAGAACGAGGAAGAAGAGUGUGACACUGACCUGGAGAGGCAAAAUGUGGAGGAACUUUAUGAUCACGUGAGGCUCGUGCACCAAAACGAGAGCCAGGAUGUGACAUAUGAUAUCAAGCACAAGGCUCUCAUCCCCGUACUCAGGCUGUAUCAGAGCCAGGCCGUCAACUGGAUGCUGAGAAGAGAGAAGUACAGGAACACCACACCUAAAGAACAAUCCCUGCACUUUCUCUGGAGGGAGUUGGUUACUUUGUGUGGCAAGAAAUUGUUUUAUAAUCCUUACACCGGCUGCUUAAUUAGAGAGUUUCCUCUGGCUGGUGUGGACUGGCCUGGUGGGAUCCUGGCUGACGAGAUGGGACUCGGUAAAACUGUGGAGGUUUUGGCCCUCAUCUUGUUUCACACUCGACAGGACCUGAAGCAGGACACCCUCACUCUGCCUGUGGGACAGUCUGUGAACUACUUUGUUCCACCUCGUCCGCUGGAAGGGCAGAAAGCUAGAUGUUGUAAAACUGAAGCUCAGCCAAAAAUAAAAACAUCAUACCCAACUGUGCGUGUCAUGCUGCUCACUGCAAUAAAGGAGAUGCGAUCUGGAAAAGGAGCCUCAAUCAAUGCAGUGUUCACCUACAUUCGUGCCACGUACGGCUAUGACCUCUUGAAGAACCGCAAUCACAUUAAGAAGACUCUUGCUAAGCUCAUAGAUGAGGGCAUGGUCGAGAGAGUGAAGGGCCGCGGCUUGGCCGGGUCGUUCAAGCUGGGCAAGAAGUACAAAGAAACAAAGAAAACAUUACCAGGAGCAUCUAAGUCUAGUUUUAAAAAUAUGGAGAGCACACCCAGGAGAAUGUUUCAGAGACGAGCGAAGGAGAAGGCAGAAGCAGCUCUGCAAAACUUCGUCUCAGAGGAUCAGAGAGACCUGAGUCCUACGCCUGGCUGUCCUAAAGCAGAGGAAGCUGAAACAAAGGAAUGGGGUGAAAGUCUGCACGAAAGAAACGAUCAGCCGAAAGACAUGCUGAAUACCUCCACAGCACCUUUACAGGGAUCUCAGGAUGAAAGUGAGUCUCAAACAACAGAUGAUUCACCUGAAGAAAGAGGAGAAACUUCAACGAUUGAUUCACAGGAUACACAGACACCAACCAGAGCCUCUUUAGUCCCUUUCAACACCCCUGACUACCGCUUUGAGUGUAUUUGUGGAGAACUUGGGAUCAUUGACUAUAAGGCUCGUGUUCAGUGUAUGAACUGUCAGCUGUGGCAGCAUGCAGACUGUGUAAACUAUAAAGUGGAAAGCCUUAAAACCACACCUUUCUACUGCCCUCACUGCCUGGUAGCUAUGAAACCAGUGUCCACUGGUGCCACACUCAUCAUUUCCCCAAGUUCCAUCUGCCACCAGUGGGUAGAGGAGAUCAACCGUCACAUCAGGUCCUCCUCCCUACGAGUGCUGGUUUAUCAGGGUGUGAAGAAACAUGGCUUCAUCCAGCCUCGGAUGCUUGCUGAGCAGGAUGUGGUGAUCACCACCUACGACGUGCUUCGCUCGGAGCUCAACUACGUUGACAUUCCCCACAGCAACAGCAAAGAUGGCAGACGCUUUCGGAACCAGAAACGCUACAUGGCUGUACCCAGCCCUUUAGUGGCUGUAGAGUGGUGGCGCAUCUGUCUGGAUGAGGCACAGAUGGUUGAGUGCCCCACUGCCAAGGCUGCAGAAAUGGCACUGCGUCUGGCAUCAGUCAACCGUUGGUGUGUCAGUGGUACACCUGUUCAAAGAGGCUUAGAAGAUUUAUAUGGCCUUGUACUUUUCCUUGGAGUGGAUCCAUAUUGGGUCAAACAUUGGUGGGACCAGCUGCUUUACCGCCCUUAUCGCUGUGGUAACACAGAACCUCUCUACAAUGUGAUUGCUCAGAUAUUAUGGAGGUCAGCUAAGAAGGAUGUCAUUGACCAGAUUCAGAUUCCCCCUCAGACAGAAGAGGUGCACUGGCUGCGUUUUUCUCCUGUUGAGGGCCACUUCUAUCAUCGCCAGCAUGAGGUCUGCUCUCAGGAUGCUUUGGUCAAACUUAGGAAAAUCUCAGACUGGAGCCUGAAACUUGGCAGCCUGGACCGCCGCACCGUCAACACAAUCCUCUACCCGCUGCUGAGGCUGCGGCAGGCCUGCUGCCAUCCGCAGGCUGUGAGGGGGGAAUUCCUGCCUCUGCAGAAAAGCACCAUGACAAUGGAGGAGCUUCUCAAGUCCCUGCAGAAGAAAUGUCGAGUGGAGUGUGAAGAAGCUCACAGACAGCUGGUGUGUGCUCUCAAUGGCUUGGCUGGAAUUCACAUCAUAAGAGAUGAGUUUGUAGAAGCUGCAGAGAUGUACAGAGAAGUGCUUCGUUCAUCAGAGGAACACAAAGACAGACUAAAAACAGAUUCAUUACAGCGGCUUCAUGCCACACACAACUUAAUGGAACUGCUGAGUGCAAAGCAUCCUGGAAUUCCUCCAACACUGAGAGAUGAUCGACUCAGUGAAGAGGCUGAGCAGCUGCGACAGCACUACAUGACCAAAUACGACUCUGAGGUCAGUGAUGCACAUCAGGCCCUGCAGCCAGUCCUGCAGAACAUCAGAGAGCUGAAGAGGAAAGUGAACUUAAACUCUCCAUGGUGGCUGGAAGUCAUCCAAAGGGCGAUCUGCUGCUCCACUGAUGAUGACCUGGUGUCUCGCGUCAAGAAUGAGCUGACCUGCAGCUACAAGCAGCAGGCCAACAAGCUCUCCAUGGCAGACAAGUUCCUUGAUGCCAAAGGUCUGCAGUUUUUGCUCACCACACAAACACAAGAUCUGAUACAGUCACAAAAGACUGUGAGAGAUGCCGUGAAGAGUCUGGAGGGUCCAGCUUCAAAGAAGGUCAUUGAAGAAGCCACCAACUGCCACCUCAGGCCCAUGCGUCUGCCACUCAACAAUUGUGUGUUUUGCAAAGCAGAUGAAUUUUUCACUGAUUAUGAAUCCAAGCUGUUUGCUCACACUGUGAAGGGUCAGACGGCCAUCUUUGAAGAAAUGAUAGAAGAUGAGGAGGGACUAGUUGAUGACCGUCUCCCCACCACCAGCCGUGGCCUGUGGGCAGCCAGCGAGACUGAGCGCACCUUGAAAGCUAUCCUGUCUUUUGCUAAAGUCAGACGUAUGGACCAGGAGCUGCUGGAGGCGGGAAACAUUUUUAUGGAGCUUUUUGAGAACUGGAAGAAGGAGUACAAGGUGCUGCAUGAGUAUUGGAUGGUGCUGCGUAACCACGUGUCAGCCAUCGAUGAGCUGGGCAUGGCCACCGAGAGACUGCGAGUUCGUCUGCCCGAUGAGCCGAAGCCCAAACUGCUGCAUAUCAUAGAGCCACAUGAAGUGGAGCAGAACAGAGUAAAACUCCUAAAUGAUCAGGCUGUGGCCAAGUCUCAACUGCAGAAGAAGCUAGGACAGUUUCUGUAUUUAACUAAUCUGGAGAAGUCCCAGGACAAGUCCACUGGAGGACUGAACCCAGAACCUUGUCCCAUCUGUGCCCGACCCCUGGGUCAAGAGUGGGCAGUGCUGACCUGUGGACACUGCUUCUGUAACGAGUGUAUUGCUAUCAUCGUGGAGCAGUACAGCAUGGGCGCAAGGCGGCGAGCAAUUAAAUGUGCCAUUUGUAGGCAGACCACGACCCACACAGAAAUCUCCUACGUCUUCACCACUCAGUUGUCCAGCCAGGAUCAGGACAUUCCAGUCAAGGGCAGCCACUCGACCAAGGUGGAGGCAGUGGUGAGAACUCUAAAGAGGAUUCAGGUGACAGACCAUGGAGCCAAGUGUCUCGUCUUUUCUACGUGGCAGAGUGUUCUGGACAUCAUCGCUAAGGCCUUGUUUGACAAUAACAUGGAGUUUUCACAAAUCAAUGGAAUUCACAAAUUUCAGGAAAAUCUUAGUUCUUUCAAGUAUGACGAGAAGAUCAACAUCCUUCUUCUUCCUCUCCACACUGGCUCCAAUGGGCUUAAUAUCAUUGAAGCUACACACGUGUUGUUAGUUGAACCAAUCCUCAACCCAGCUCAUGAGCUUCAGGCGAUAGGCCGGGUCCAUCGGAUUGGCCAAACCAAACCAACAUUUGUGCACAGAUUCCUCAUCAAAUCCACAAUUGAAGAGAGAAUGCAGGCUAUGCUGAAGACGGCAGAGAAGAGCCAGAGCAGCAGGACAAUGAAGCACUCGGAGGCUGCUGUCCUGACAGUGGCUGACCUGGCUGAUCUGUUUACUGACGACACAGAACCUCUGGAGUGAUUCUGAAGGACAGAGAUAGCUCAUCCUGCACACUGGUGAUAAAAGAACUCUUUUUGUUUUGCACAUCCUGUUUUUUAGGCAAAUCGCUUUUCCAAAUGAAUACUAUUUUUAACUUUUCAUAGGCAACAUUUAACCAAGUGUUUCCUAAAUGUAUUAUAGUUGAAAGCUUUAGGUGCAGAUGUUGUUGGGCCACUUGUUGUUUCAGUCAUUACUUCAGCAGUUUGUCCCAUGUGACUGUACUGUGUUGGUAAUCUUACAGGACACUAUAUUUAAAUACAACUUCACUGUGUGACUAAAUGUGAAAAUGGAGUUUAAAUACUGUCAACUCUUUGAGAAGGUCUCACAACAUUCAGGAAAUAAAUAUAUAUACCAGCUCUU